GUUCAUGUCAGUUCAUGUGAGUUCAUGUUGAAAGUUUGCAACUGCGAGUGUAACAUACAGUAACAUAGAUACACAUAGUAUACAAUCUCUAAAUUCUAAAACUUCAAAUUUAUAAUUAUCAAUAAUUUUUAAUUAGUAUUUAGAAAAAGAAAUUCGAAUAUGGCACCGGCAAUAAGUAAAUUUGUAACGAAACAAAACAUUGCCGGAGCAUUUGCAAUAACAACUUUGAUAUGGUGGCUUAAAAGAAAAAGAACAAGAAGGAUACCUAAAUCGAGAGCAUUGUGGCCGACCAAUAAUGUUCAAUAUGUCAUCAAUGAGCAACAAAAGCCAAAGUCUCCAUCCAGAGCUCAUGUUGAUGCUGCAUUUUUCCGUCAACUCAAACAACUACUGGUUAUUGGAAUUCCAAGUCUUUUUUCACUUGAAGCUGGCUUUGUUAUUCUCGUAGCAGGAUCUCUCGUCGCAAGAUCAUUAUGUGAUAUUUGGAUGAUUCGAAUGAGUACACUCAUCGAAGGGACAAUCAUUAAUAUGGAUCGUCAAUUAUUCAAAAAAUUAUUAAUCCAUUUUUCGGCUGCAUUACCUGUGAUAGCCAUCAUCAAUAACAUUCUCAAGUAUAGCAUUGGGGAAACAAAACUUCGAUUAAGAACUAAUAUUACUCGAUAUUUAUUGGAUCAGUAUUUAAAAGGAUUCACUUACUAUAAAAUGACAAAUUUGGAUACCCGUAUCGCCAAUCCAGAUCAAUUAUUGACAACUGAUAUUGAUAAAUUUUGUGACAGCUGUACUGAUUUGUACAGCAACAUUGCCAAACCAAUUUUAGAUAUUGCAAUCUAUGCUUACAGAUUAACUUCGAGCUUGGGUGGAAAAACUCCUCUUCUUAUGAUAUCGUAUCUCAUUGUAGCUGGUAGUUUCUUAACGCACAUACGAAAACCAAUAGCUUCAAUGACUGUCAAAGAACAACGUCUUGAAGGUGAAUAUAGGCAUAUUAAUUCACGUUUAAUUACAAACUCUGAAGAAAUUGCAUUCUAUCGGGGUAAUAAUAGAGAAAAGUUAACUCUACUCUAUAGUUUUUAUAAACUCGUAACUCAUCUUCGUGGACUUUUAGAAUUCAAAGUAGCCAUGGGUGUGAUUGAUAAUUUUAUAGGAAAAUAUGCUGCAACCGUAGUUGGAUUUUAUGCUGUGAGUAUACCAUUCUUCCAAAAAAAUCAUUCACAUUUAUCAGGUCCAACAGAUCAUCGUUUCAAGAAUUAUUAUGAAAAUGGUCGAAUGCUGAUAAAAAUGGCUGAAGCAAUUGGUCGACUUGUGCUUGCUGGUCGUGAAAUGACAAGAUUAGCUGGUUUUACAGCACGUGUUACAGAAAUAAGAAAAGUUCUUGAUGAUUUAAAUGAUGGAAAGUACGAAAGAACAAUGAUGGUUGAUUUGAAGACUUCGUCAAUUGGUAAACCUGGACAGGGUAAAAUUAUUGCCAAAGAUAAUAUAAUCAGUUUUAAUGAUGUGCCUCUAGUAACACCAAAUGGUGAUAUUCUUAUUGAAAAGUUGAGCUUUGAAGUUAAAUCAGGAAUGAAUGUUCUCGUUUGUGGACCUAAUGGUUGUGGUAAAAGUUCACUAUUUCGUGUACUUGGCGAGCUGUGGCCAUUGUGGGGUGGACAGUUGACUAAACCGCCUAGUGGAAAAUUAUUCUAUAUUCCUCAACGACCGUACAUGACCUUGGGAACGUUACGUGAUCAAGUUAUUUAUCCACAUACUCAAGAUGAAAUGUUGCGACGUGGUCAUGCCAAAGAUAAAGAUCUUCAAGAGUUAUUGGACCACGUUCAGCUUGGUCACUUGCUGGAAAGAGAAAAUAGCUGGGACACUGUUGCUGACUGGAUGGAUAUAUUAUCUGGGGGAGAGAAACAACGAAUUGCUAUGGCAAGAUUAUUUUAUCACAAGCCCCAAUUCGCGAUUCUUGAUGAAUGCACCAGUGCAGUUAGUGUUGAUGUUGAAGAUUCAAUGUAUAGUUAUUGUCGACAAGCAAAUAUUACAUUAUUUACUGUGUCACACAGACGAUCUUUAUGGAAACACCAUGAGUAUUAUCUACUCAUGGAUGGUCGAGGCUCUUAUGUUUUCAAACGAAUUGAAACUGAUACAGAAGAAUUCGGAUCAUAAAUAUUUGUCAACUUUGAAAAAUUUCAUUCCUAUAUUUUUUAUUCAUUUAUAAAAAUUUUACGAGUUAUAUCGAAGAACAUAUUCUAAUUUUCCUUUCUAUUGCUGUAUAUUAAAGUUUAUUUCAACUUGUGUAAAUGAUAACAAAAUAAAAAAAUGUCAUGUUAUAUGCAUGCAAAUAAAUGUAUGUUACACAAGCGAAAAAAGAAUUCCAUAUUAUCUUGACCCACGGAUUCGGGUAGUUUAAUCGAGGAGCCAUUCAUACCAUGAUUUAGUGGCACCACGACUACAAAUGUAGUUUCAAUGAAGUCAAAAUGUAAUCGAAACGUACUUAGUCAAAAUGACUGUGACUACGAUUGACUACAUAAGAAUACAUGCAGCUGUUGACAACAAAUGACUACAGUUGAAAAAACUUGUGACUACAUAUGACUACGUUUUGACUACACUACAGUUGAGCUUGCCAAUGUUAAUUUCGGGGUAAAGCCAAACACAUAUAAACAUGAAGCGUCCGUGAGGCUUGAAAAAACCGAAUUCGAACCGAACGCAAAGGAACGAUCCUUCAUGUGUUAGUCUUAACCCCGAAAUUAACAUUGGCAAGCUCAACUGUACAGC